ACAAUUUCCUCAAGUGUUACAUUCGAUGGCUCUCAGAUUUUCUCUUCAAGAAAGGACUCCAACACGGAAGGUGGAAAAACAAGAGGAACAAGACAGGAAGGAGAAAAGCCAAGAUGAGAGAUCGACUGCAAGAACUGAGACAGAAAACAAAGGAAAUGGAGCUCUCCAGAGACAGUCAGGGGUUGACUACAGAAGCAGAGGGCCAAGGAGUGUUUGUGCAGCAGGCUGUUAUUUAUGAAAGAGAACCUGUAGCUGAAAGACAUCUACAUGAGAUCCAAAAACUACAAGAGAACAUUAACAAUUUGGCAGAUGAUGUUCAAAGAUUUGGACAACAGCAGAAAAGUCUGGUGGCUUCAAUGAGAAGGUUUAGUCUGCUUAAGAAAGACUCCAGUAUCGCAAGGGAGAUAAAAGUCCAGGCAGAACACAUUAACAGAGGCUUGGGUGAUUUAGGUAAAGAAGUUCAAAGGUCAGAGGCUGAAAAUGGCUCAUCAUCAGUGGUCACAAGGAUACUUAAGUCUCAGUAUGCUGCUAUGUUCCACCACUUUCAGCAAAUCAUGUUUGUAUACAAUGAUGCAAUAGCAGCAAAGCAAGAGAAGUGCAAGACAUUUAUCUUCCGGCAGCUUGAAGUUGCUGGGAAAGAAGUGCCAGAAGAGGAAGUAAACGACAUGCUUCAUCAAGGAAGGUGGGAAGUGUUUAAUGAAAGCUUACUUACAGAAACCAACAUAACUAAAGCUCAACUCUCUGAGAUUGAACAGAGACACAAAGAACUUGUUAACUUGGAAAACCAAAUAAAGGAUUUAAGGGAUCUUUUCAUGCAGAUAUCCCUGUUAGUAGAGGAACAAGGAGAGAGCAUCAACAAUAUUGAAAUGAUGGUGAACAGUACAAAAGAUUUUGUUAGCAACACAAGAGAAAAAUUCGGACUAGCUGUUAAAUACAAAAGAAGAAAUCCCUGCAGAGCCCUGUGCUGCUGCUGUUGUCCAUACUGUAGCUCCAAAUAA